CCAACGCCGCGCCGUGAUAUUCCGUCCCCCAGCGCCGGCGACCAAUCGCGGCCCGUCACCGCGACUCCUCCACCGAUAAAACUACAAACGGCCGACGCUGACCCCGCGCGCGCUCGGCUUAACCUAGGAUCUGCGAAGCUGCGGCUCGACAUUGAUCGCACAUCUUUUGCCCUGGUCUUUCUUGAGCUAGCGCGUGUGGGCGGGUGUAAUGGUGAUGGAGGUGGAGGCCGACAUGGAGCGGGUUCUCGGCGGCUUCAGCCUCCGGCUCAGCGACCGCGACGACAGCGACGAGACCGGCGGCGGCGGCGGCCGGGGAGGAGGGUCGCACGACGAGGCCGACGGCGGCGGGGGCGCGGUGAAGGAGCGGAUCGCGCGGGCGCUGCGGCUGUACAAGGAGGCCAGCGGCGGCGACGGCGGCGCGCUGGUGCAGGUCUGGGCGCCGGCGCGGGACGGGGAGCGGCGCCGCGUGCUGGCCACCCGCGGGCAGCCCUUCAUGCUCCCCUCGCGGUGCCGGCGGCUGCUCCAGUACCGGACGGUGUCGCUGACGCACGUGUUCGCCGUGGGCGGCGGCGAGCGCGAGCGCGCGGCGUGGGAGGAGCGCGGGCUGCCGGGGCGGGUGUUCGACGCGCGGGCGCCCGAGUGGACGCCCAACGUCCAGUUCUACGGCACCGGCGAGUACGCGCGCAUGAGCUACGCGCUCAUCUACGACAUCCAGGCCAGCCUCGCCCUCCCCAUCCUCGACCCCGCCGACCCGCGCCGCUGCCUCGCCGUCCUCGAGCUCGUCUUCACCGCCGCCCCCGCCGCCCGCUUCGCCGCCGAGGCCCACAACCUCUGCAAGGCCCUCCAGGCAGUGUCAUUGAGAGGCUCGGAGAUCUGCCACCCCGUGCCACCGACCGAGGUGCGUGCCGCGACCUGCGAACCAUGGAUAUGCAACUCAGAGGCGACUCAGGCGGCCAUGUCCGAGGUGUCGGAGCUGCUGGCCGCCGUCCGCGAAGCCCACGAGCUGCCGCUGGCGCAGGCCUGGGUCAGGUGCAAGCAGUGCAACCGCACGGACGUCGACGACGACGGCCAGCAUUUCUCCCUGACGACGGCCGGAGCCCCGUUCCGCCUGGGCUCGCACUACGGCGGCUUCCGCGAGGCCUGCACCGAGCACCACCUGCGGCGCGACCAGGGGCUCGUCGGCGAGGCAGCGAUUGCGCGCGCGCCGCGCUUCUGCGCCGACGUCGCCAGGCGCUCCAAGGACGCCUACCCGCUCGCGCACUACGCCCGCAUGCACGGCCUGGCCGGGUGCCUCGCGGUGCCCCUCCGGCUGCCGCAGUCCGCCAUGGACGACGGCCGGGUGGAGGAGGAGUGGGUGGUGCUGGAGUUCUUCCUCCCUCCGGACUGCAGGAGCAUCGCGGAGCAGAAGGCCAUGGUGGACGCCAUCGCCGCCACGGUCCGGGAAGAAUGCUCCGGCGCUCGUCUGGCGAUGAGCGGCCUGCAAGAUUUAUGCUUGGAGUCCAUUCUUUCUGACAGCGAUCAUGCCAUGGUAGCUGGUGCUGCCAAUGAACUGAAUGGUCGUGGGGACUAUGAUACCAAUGGUUCAGACGAGGAGGACGGUGAUCAAGCAGCAGGCAUCCAUGGCACAGACCAAAACGGAGCCGAGGAUUGUGUACCACCACAGAAGACGAAGAAGAAAACAGGACGAAAGGCCGGAAGACCUAUCAGUCUAAAUGAGCUGCAAGGAUACUUCUCGGGAAGCCUCAAAGAUGCUGCGAGGAGCCUCGGCGUGUGUCCGACAACGAUGAAGCGCAUCUGCAGGCAGCACGGCAUAUCGAGAUGGCCAUUCCGGAAGAUCAGCAAGGUGAACCGUGCCCUUGGAAAGAUCAGGCGUGCCGCCAUCGAGUCGGUGGAUUGCUCACGGAAGCAGACGACCGCCGAUGCUUCUUCUUCUUCUUCUUCCUCCUCCUCACGCAGAGCUCCAGCUCCUCACCUGCCAUGCCUGUCAAGUGCUCUGGGAGAAGACACAUCCUCCCAGGACUCAAGCCAAGACCCCCCUCCUCUCACCAAAGCCACAUUACCCAAGUCUCUGCUGCGGCGCAGCAAUGGCGCGGUAGGGGAGCUGGUGACCAUCAAGGCGAGCUACAAAGGGGACAUCAUCAGGUUCAGAGUGCCGUGCUCUGCAGGCGUCGCAGCGGUGAAGGAGGAGGUGGCCAAGAGGCUGGGCCUAGAUGCGCGUGCCUUUGACGUCAAGUACCUCGACGACGACCAUGAGUGGGUGCUGCUGUCCUGCGAUGCCGAUUUCCAGGAGUGCCUUGAUGUUGCCCCGGUACUGCCAGCAUCGGCAUCGACGGCUGUGGCAGGCGGAGCCGCAGCGUCGGUAUCUCCGGUUGUCAGGCUGAUGGUGCAGGAGGUAGCUGAUAACCUUAGGAGCUCCUGUGGUAGCUCAGAUUAGCUGGAGAGUAACAUCUGGAAUGCUGGACGCCUUAACUAUACGACUGUUGCUGAUCAGGCUCUGUCACUUCCUUGAGGUGCAUCGGAGUCAGGUAGAGCUUACAAAUUUCUGCAGAUUCACUUUGUAAUUUUGUAUACACAUGAUACGGUAUUUGAAUAAUAAUAGAAGGGGUGGAAUUUUAUUGCUUAAA